AUGACAGCGGACGCUGUGCGCGAGGCCCUGACCGUCGGCGGCACGGAGCUCUUCAUCCUACGAAAGGAGGACGACGCCCUCUACGCCCUGUCGGAGGGCAAGGUCGAGGGGCUCAUGGCGUACACUCUGAAGAUUGGGAUUCUGAUUGUACGCUUCGGCCGGCCUCGCAUAGCGCAGGUGGUUGUGCCCCAGGUGGAGAAGGCUGUUGCCGGCCUGCGCAAGGCGUAG